AUCUCUCUCUCUCUCUCUCUCUGGAUCAGCUGACGAGGUGUGUGUGUGUGUGUGUUUGUGUGUUAAUGGAGAACUACAAGCUAAUUCAGGCCAUAGGACGAGGGGCUUAUGGGAAUGUGUAUCUAUAUAAGAGAAUUGAGGACGGCCGGGCGGUGGUGAUCAAGAUGCUACACAUGGAAUCCAUCAGCGAGGAGGAGUGUGAGCUUACCAAGAACGAGGUGAGGGUGCUGUCAAUGCUGCAACACCCAAACGUCAUAGAAUAUUUCGACAACUGCCUUGAAAACAACACUAUGAUGAUUGUGAUGGAGUAUGCGCCGGGGGGGAACCUUUAUGACUAUUUGAGGUCACGUGGGGAGGGAAAUCUGCUGCAGGAGGAGGACGUGCUGCACCUUUUCUGCCAGCUGGCUCUGGGUUUGCAGCAUAUUCAUAACAGCAACAUCCUGCACAGAGAUAUAAAGUCAAACAAUAUUCUCUUGGAUCGUUCUCAUCGGAUCGUCAAAAUUGGAGACUUCGGCAUAUCCAAGAUUCUCAGCAGCAAGAGCAAGGCACACACAGUAGUUGGAACCCCUUGUUACCUCUCUCCAGAACUGUGUCAAGAGAGGCCUUACAAUCAAAAAAGUGACAUCUGGGCCCUUGGCUGUGUGCUGUAUGAAAUGCUGACGCUGCGUAGGGCUUUUGAGGCUGAGACUCUCCCAGCAUUAAUUAUGAAGAUAAUGCGUGGAAUAUUUGCCCCAAUCCACCCACACUACAGUCAGGAGAUGAGAGCCUUCCUCCACCUCCUCCUCCACAUAGAUGCUGCUCAGAGGCCGACCAUAGACCAAGUAUUAGCUCAGCCUCUCAUCUUCUCCCCCCUCCUGAGGCUCCAUGCUGACCUAGGAAUGCUGCACUGUGCUUCCAGGCCACUACGGUUGUCUUCCGUGGGUCAAGACCGCUUCAAAUCGCCCAAAGCUGCAACAGAAACACAGGCCAAGGAGAAAUGAACACACUCUCUCUCUCUCUCUCAUUUUUCUUCCUGCUUUUUUAUUUUUUUUAUUUUGUGUAUUUCUCUUGUUUAGUCUUCUCUCUUCUGUCUUCUUUUCUCCUGUUUUCUUUUUCCUUUUUUUCUUGUCUCUUCUCUCUCUCUCUCUCUCUCUCUCUCUCUCUGUGUGUGUGUGUGUGUGUGUGUGUGUGUUUGUGUGUGGGAAAUGUCCUCCCACACACCAAGACGUGUUGUGUUUGUUGGUGUGUAAUGCAUCAGUGCCAAGGAGUGCCUCACAGAAAGGUUUAUUUUGUAUUGAGUGGUGCAAUAAAACACUUUGCUACAAC